AUGAAGAUCUCGGCUCUACAGACUGAACUAAAGGGAGCAUUAAAAUCACUGGAACAUAAAGACCAACAGCUGGAGGAUUAUAAAAGACAAAUAGAGAAUAACGAUACAGAACUGAGAAACAGAGAGAAAAUCAUCGAGGAGAAAGACGCACAACUAAAAGAUACAAAUACAACACUAGAGAAGACGAGUAAAGAGCUAGAGGAGAGAGACAGAGCUCUACAUGAGAGAGAUCAACAACUGAAACUGAAAGACACACAGAUACAGGAGACACAAAUACAAGUGGAGGAAAAGGACAACAGACUCGUGGAGAAGGAGAAAGAAUUAAAUGAGAAAAAUGAAGAGCUGAACAUUCUAAAAGAACGUUUAGAGACUAAUGAGAAGACUCUUUCUGAGAGAGACGCAGUGUUAAUGGAAACAAAUAAUAAACUUCAACAUGCUACUGAACAAGUUAAAGAGAAAAUCUCACAACUAGAGAAUAUGAACAAACUGCUGAGUGAGAAAGAAACACAGCUGAAGAAGAGACAACUAGAGGAGAUGAUGAUCGUAUUGGAGCAACAGAAAACUGAGAUAGCAGAAAAAAACAAACAGCUUGAAGAGACAGAGAGACGUCUAACUGAGAGAGAGACACAGCUAAUGGAGAGAGACAAACAGCUUCAGGAGAAAGACAGACUUCUGGAUGAAAGUACUGAAGCACUUCAGAUGAAUAAUAAAACACUGGAAGAGAAGGACACACUGCUCAGAGAGGUGAAAGACGAAUUAGCAAAAGCAAAUACAAUGUUAGAAGAAAAUCAGACACAGGUUAACAAAAAAGAAGCACAACUGGAGGACAUGAUCAAAAUUCUGGAAAAUAGUACAAAUAAUCUGAUGGAGAAAGACAAACUACUGACAGAAUAUACACAAAUGCUUCAGAUGAAGGACAAGACACUGGAAGAGAAGGACACACUGUUCAGAGAGGUGAAAGAAGAACUGGGAAAAACAAAUAGGACACUAUUGUUAUUAGAGGAGAAUCAGAUACAGUUGAAGGACAAAGAGAGACAACUGGAGAGUGUAAUGAAUGAACUGGAAUCCAGUAAAAACAAACUAACUGAACAAGACAAACAGCUUCAGGAGAAAGACAGACUUCUAGAGGAGAAAACAAAGCAGCUGCAGGAACAGACAGAUCCAGAAUCAUCAGCCCCCAUCAGGAGAAGAAACAGCAAGGAGUUACCUCUACAAAUGAGUGGAGAGACUCAGGACUCAGCCACACCAAUCAGGAGAAAAAACAGUAUGGAUGGACAUCGUCCUGCAUUGGGUGCAGAAUCGUCUAGUCUACAUUCUCCAGUGUCGGUUCCUGGGGCAGAACUGAGGCUGGUGCUGCUGGGGAGGACGGGGUCUGGUAAGAGUGCAGCAGGAAACACCAUCCUGAGCAGAGAGGAGAGGAACCAGGCUGCUACAUCUACAGUUACAUCUACAUCCACCCAGCAGAGUGAGAGCACACAGGGGGAGGUGGCUGGGAGGAAGGUGACUGUGGUGGACACUCCUGACUGGUUCUCUCCUGGACUCUCUCUGGAGAAGCUGAGACAGGACGUUGAACUCUGCGUCCAGAAGUCUGCUCCAGGACCCCACGCCUUCCUCCUGGUCAUACCUGUAAAACAGCCUACAGGAGAGGAGAGGGAGAUGCUGGAGAAGAUAGAGGAGACUUUUGGAGAGAGAUUUUGGAAAAACACCAUGAUCAUAUUCAGUGUUACUGAUGAACUUCAGAAAAAGAACAUUGAGGAAUUUAUUCAAUUAAGCAACCAGGAGGUCCAGAGACUUGUAGAGAAAUGUGGGAACAGGUUUCACUGUCUUAAUAUUAAGGAGAGAGGAGAUGGUUCUCAGGUCUCAGAGUUGCUAGAGAAGAUAGAGAAGAUGGUGGAAGGAAACAGAGAGAAAUUCUACAGCAGUGAGAUCUACCUGGAGACAGAAUCUCAGAUUAGAGUAAUGGAGACUAAGAUCCUAAAAAAAAGUGAAGAAAAAAGAAUGAGAGAGGAGAUGGAGGUAAAGGAAAAAAUGGAAAGGGAGGUGCAGCAAUCAUUGACAAAUAUAGAGGGAGUGAUCCAGGAGCAUGAAGGAGACAUCAGACAACUGAAUGAGAGAACAACUGAACUGGAGAGAAAGAUGAAAGAAGAGAGAGAUGAAGAGAAAAGGAAAGAACUUGAGAGGGAGCUAAAACAAGAGGUAGAGCAAAGGACAGAAAUGGAAGAAAAGUUGAAGAAACUAAAAGAAAAGAGAGAGAGGGAGAGGAGAGAGAUGGAGGAGAGGCACCAACAUGAGAUAGAGGAGAUCAGGGAGGUGUAUGAAGGAGAGGUCAGGAUGGAGACAGAGAGAAACCUCAUGAAGAUCAUCCUGCCUGAACUCCAGAGAAACAUUUUGGCCUCAAAAACAAAGAUGCAGGAAGAGUUCAGCAGACAGAUGGAGGAGAAGAACAGAGAGCUGGAGACUCUUAAACAGAAACUUUCAGAGUCUGAGAGAGCAGCUGUAACAAGAAAGGCACACAGGGAAAGGUUUAAAAAAUUUAGAGAUUUUUUCACUAAGUAACAGUUUACAGUAUAAAGCCCCAGACACUCACCUAGUCAGAAAUAAACUAUUCCAGCCAAGGAUUGUGGAUAUGGCUGGACUGGGACAAAAGAACAAUUGAUUACAGUACCAUCCUGUCCUCAUCCAUCACUUAGUCCCUGCUCUUCUACAUCUGCCUGAUAAUGUUGCACAAAAUGAAGUAAAGGCAACUGCAGUAGCCCCUGCAGCCAAAAUGUCAGAUUUUUUUUUUUUUUUGCACAUUUUUCCUUGAUUUUCUCCCUAAUUUAAUCAGCUCCAAUUUUCACCCAUCACCAGGGGCUCCCACAACAAGACCACUAAUCAAUCUAGGAGGACUGAAGACUAUUACGGAUUUUCUCCAAACCAUGUGAUGCAAGCCAACUGCAUCUUUUCGAACUACUCCCUCAUGCACUGUUGGGAGCAGAGUAACACACCCUGAGGACAGUGCUAUCCAUUCUGAUGAACUUAUAUAAAAUAAUAACAAAAUAAAAAGACCAAGCAGACGUCAUAUAAAACAUAAAAUAAAUAGAAAAUAAAAUGUUAGAUGGUACCAAUUAAAUCAGCCUUUAUAGUUGGAUUUGAUCAUUUGAGUAUAAUUCAUACAUUUACUGAAUAUAUUCAGAUUUUGUAAAAUAACGAAAACUGAUGUCCCCGUCACCUUUCUUUCCUCUUUUUAAUCUGUGUAUUUAAGUGGAAUAUAAUUUGCAUAAAAGUCUAAAUAUUUUUUUCCGGCGCUUCUAGUGUUAAAUGAUUAUCUAUUGCCCAGACUUCUGUGGUCAGGAAAAGGGAGGGGGGGACAAUAACAUUACUUGCAGAAUAUUUGGUCCCCCCUGCUAACAUAAAUCAUAGUUAAUUAAGAAGUAGCGAAUAAGAGGGCUCGCACAGAGAGAGAGCAAUCAAGUGAUGACAGUCCAGACACCCUCUCCCAGCAUGCAUGGUGCCAUCCUGAUAACCUUAUCUGGUUUGCGAUCUUAAGGGGGACGUCUGUAAAACUAAGGGCCUGUCCACACGGAGAUGCGUUUCGCUGUAUACGUAUAAUUUUUUUAACGUAUUGGCGUUUCGUCCACACGGAUCCGGCGUUUUAGGAGACUGAAACCCCUAUUUUUUGAAACCGGGUCCCAAAAUGGAUAAAUCUAAAAACGACACCCUUGCGGUUUCGUGUGUACAGCCAAUCUGUAUAUUUUGUGAAACGAUGAUGUCAUCACAUCACGUGUCGGCUGCGUCACACGUAACAGCAACAACAAUAAUGGUGGACUACAUGAUUGUGUUCGUGUUGCUACAAAGCCUACUAGCUUUAUUACAGCAAAAUCUAUUGCUUCUAUGCAACUGUUAUGAGCAACAAGCGAUAAUGGACAACACCAUCUUGGUUCGUAUACAGCGUGCAAGGUUAUGCGCAUGCUCAAAGUCUUCUCCUCCGUGUAUAGUGUAUCUCUAUGGCAGAAUUACAGCGCCCCAUACUGGUCUGGCAUAUAUACUACACUGUUUUCAGUGGUUUCGUGUGUAUGCAGACAUUUCUUGAGACGACGCCGUGUUCACGAAAAAAAAAUUAUCGGAUACGGAACGCACCGGCUUCGUGUGGACGGAGUCUAAGAAACUCCACAAGGCCCCAAAACCAAGUAGACCCCAAAAGCAAGGGUGUAAAUCAGCGAUUCGGUAAACAAAGCAGACAGUUUUACAGCUUCACCCCGAGCUGGGGGGAGAACGACCAAGUCACACCUGGACACUCUCCUGACCUCCGGAGCACAUCACUUUCAAUGAACGAAGGCAUACGCCAUCAACACUAUAUUAAACAUCUUUAAAGUGUGCCAGUGGGGCAAAAUGCAUAUACAUAUAUUUACUCAGUAUGUUUUAUUCCUGUGUGUACGUUUGAUUAUUCUUCAUAACUUUGAAGGUGUAAUCAGCAUUUACAAACCCCUUUUAUUAGAUAAAGGAAGGAAUGAGUGGGUAAAAUAUGUAAUGUUUGAUGUCAAUCUAAAGCUGGCUUUAUUCCAAGAAUGUUGGUAAACACGGGAAAUUGGUAGCAUGAACCGAGCUCGUGCAAAAUUACUUCAUAAAAAGUAUUAAAAACUCCAACCGGAUGGGGCACACGUGACAGCCGAAACACCGUGCUAAUUUAUGCACGAAAGGAGGAACCACGUGAGGCGUGGCUAAGCGCAGCAACCACAUCCGAUUGGACCAAUCACCCGGGGGACGGACUGACCCCGAAGAGACAAAAACCCUAAGGAAGUCUACAGAAAACGGUCGGGGAACUUAACGUCACAACUGCAACCUACAACAUCUUCCAAGCAGAUCGGGCUUCCGCCCUUGCGGGCGCCUCGCCACUCCUGCUGUUGUCAUCCGCUCUUCAAGAACUCCCAACGAGACUUUGUGCCAGAACUCCAAAGUCCAGCAACGAAGAAACCCACAGGAGCAGUUCCAGAGCACAACCAUCGGUAACCAGGCAACCAACGCCUCACCGAAGGGCUUUCCCGAAAGACGUCAUCUCUACAACAGCGCACCAACCAAUCAGCAACGCUGUGAUUCCCUUCGCUGGAGGCGAACCCACAGAUGAGAACGAAACAUGACGCAAGUAAACAAACAAAGCUACAUACCUUGCUGAAGCUGAAGUUGGUGCUCGUUUCAUAACUGAACCCUAAGAUUAAACCUCUGCUCUUGUGACUUUCGUUAAUCUAGUAAACAGUACUAGAAUAACUUCAUUCAUUUUCACCUUCCAAACUGUUUGUAUGUGUGUGUGCGUGUAAGUAGCAUAGUUUCAUGUAUUGUAGAUUAGUCAAAUAAAUUCUUGUUUCUUUAUAAAAAAAACUUUCGUCUUAGUCAUGUAUUUUAAAUUCUAAACAUUUGCCCAAAUCGUGUUACCUUGCUCAUAAUUGCAAAAAACUAGAUUUUGUGUUAUAGCUGUUGGCCAUGUGAUAACCAGAACUGGUAAGAUACACUAAAUUGUGCUAAACGGUGGACGGUUAGUCAAUAAAGUGUACAUUAUAAAUUUUGUUUCAGUUAAUCAAAUUAACCCGAAUCGUUAAAGAUUCGAUACAACUCUGACCCAGAGCUAAACAUUACAUAUUAAUGGUGAAGGAUGCGUUGGCAUUGUGUCCACAUUAAAAUGUCUACAUUUAUUUGUGGACAAUGCGAUUGUCAUUCGUUGUCUUUAUUAUGUAAACCCUACAUAUAAUGUUGGAGAAUGCCGGCAGUCCUUCGUUGUUGUGCUUUCCUUUCUUUCAGCAUUAAGCAAUUCUGUUGUGCCAACUAAAUUUACUUAAGUUGGAUCAACUUAAUUUACAAUCUAAAAAUUUGUGGACCAAUCCUAUUCAUUAAUGUUAAAUGAACCUUAAAAUAUGUUGGUUUAACAGUAUUAAAUUAUGUUGGACGCAGCUGUAGUAAAUAAGUUGAAUGAACCUAAUAAAUUACUUUGACUGAACCUAAGAACAUAAAGUUGCGCCAACAAAAUUGCUUAAUGCUGAAAGAAAGCCAUUAAAUCACAUUGAAAUUCUUUCCAUGAUUUAAUUAAUUUCAUUAAGAGUUAUUUUUACUGAGUGCACAUAUUCCUAGCUCUGCAAUUCUAACUGACAGUUUGAUGUAGACUUUUUAGUAACCCACACAGAGUCAAUAAAAUUUUUCUACCACAUAUUCCUCCUUUUUGUCCUUAAGUGCAAACUUAAAUAUAAAAUUUUAAGCAUAUAUUACAACAGAAUUACCUAAAUAGUAAAUAUCAAUCAUAACCUCACCAAAUGGUUUUAAGUUAUGCUAUUGUUCACUUAGGUUCAGGAAGGGUUAUUCUGCAUUUUAUGUCAGGAUAAAACCUGUGUAAGCAAAUUCAAAAUUAUACUGCAUCAAUUACAACUUUAUUAGAGUGUAGGCAUGAACAGGCCCUCAAAAAGAGCAAUCAAUCGAUCACAUUCCAGAACCCCUCUCCCAACCUGGUAUGGUGCCAUCCCGAUAGCCUUAUCUUAUCCGUGAACAUUAAGGACCAUCUGUAAAACAGCUGCAGGAAACUUAACCAGACAUGUGACAGGAAGUUUGCUUUGGCUGGAGUCACGCUAAGACCAGAUGCCUAGAAGUAAACCCAAAAAUAAUGGUGUAAAUUGGUGAUCCGGUAAACAAAGCGGACAGUUUUACAGCUUCACCCCGAGUUGGUGGGGGGACGACCAAGUCACACUUUGACACUCUUGUUGACCUCCAGAGCACAUGCCUUUCAGUGAACGAAAGAGGCAUAUUAUUUUAAGCUAUUUUAAGCUUUUUUAAACUAUUUUAAGCAAUACAAAAGUGUGCCAGUACACUUUAAAGAUUGCUUAA